GCCCCUUUGUCGCGUCGUACUUGACGCUGUUGGGAAAAGCACCGUGGCCGAAAACUUCGGGAAAAUGGAAAAAGUAAGAGGCGUAAAGACUUUAUCCGUGCGUCCGCUGGAGAGAUAAGGAACAACAGCGAUGGAUCUGCACGUUUUCUCCCCGGAGCGCGGUUCGAACUGACAAUGGUGUCGAAGGAGGGAAAAACGCAGAUUUCCCCACGGUUCCAUUGAAAGUAAAUUUACUCAUGGAGAAAGGAGCAAGUCGGGAGUCAUGAGCACAGGUGUGAAGAAGCCUCCAUUAGCUCCCAAACCUAAACUCCCUGCUACCACCAAACCCUCUCCCCCGCCCAUCGCCCCCAAACCAGGAGUCCCCCCCCAGUCUUCGCUGGUUUCUCAGCCCUCCCCUGCCACAAGGACAAAACCGGCCGUUGCCCCCAAACCAUGCAUCCCCAAAUCCACCGCCUCUUCUUCCCCUGUUUCCCCCCCAACACCCAAACCCAGUGGAUCCCUCAUCCUAUCUCAGGAACAGCAGGAAGCUUUAGACGAUAGCCUCUCACUUCUCAACUCCAAAAAUGGGAUUUUAUCAGAGUCUAGAAAACGUGAAUCGGACUACAUCAUUCCCACCUGCUCCUGUGGGCUCCAGGACUGUUCCCAGUGCCAGCGCCUCGACAACGGAAGUGCAACUGAGACCGGGAGCGAUUUGCACAAAGAGCUGUUGCAGAAUGGGAUUUCUACAGACGGGUUCACAGGGACGAGGCCACAAGAGAAAGCAGAAAACUGGGAGGAUGGAGUAGCUGUAGAGAAGGGCGAAGGUGGAAGGAUUAGCAGAAAGCCCAGGGAUAAACCUCAAAGACAGAAACACCUGGACAGGGGAUUGGUAAGCAAAGAGGCAAAGAGGACGGGGGAGCAGAAGGGGAAAGCUUCAGAGGCCGUAAAACAUCAGGAAAGUGCGGAGCCUGAUGUUUUAAAAGUGGAUGUACAGACUCAGGCCCAAAACGCAGACUUAAGAGACUCCAAACCAGCCUGUGAUGUUGCGGGCAGCAUCAUUGUCUUCUCAAGUAUAACUCCUUAUGAGAUAUCGGCAGAAUCCUUUCAGGUAGAAUACAGUGAGCCUAUCAGCAGAGCCUCUCCUAGCAGGUUACACCCCGAUCUGCAGGUCCCCGCCGCCCCCAGCAAGCCUCUCCCGGUCCCUCACCCACGUAAACUUAAAAAGCCGGCCCUGGUGAGGCAGGACGGCGUGGAGGGCAGUGCCCAGGAUCAGGUGGCGGAGGAACAAAAGCGGGGGCUCGAGAUGCGAGAGGCUGAGGCGAAACUGAGUCUGGCCUUUCUGUCUCUCAGUUCAGAGGUCGAGGAGCUCAAACAGGACACAAGUGAUGACCAUUUACCCCAAAAAGACUCAGGUAUGGGAGACGAAGAGCCAGACGCGCCCGUCCCCCCUCCUCGACAGACCUCCCUCUCACCUCGCCUCCACAGGUCAGUCUACACACCCCCUUCUCUUAACAGAAACACCUCCCAUUCCUUAGACCUGCUCUCACAUCCUGACUCGAUGAGCCACAAAAGAGAGGGCGAGGAGCGCCGGGUGGAUGAGGAUGACGAGGACGGGUACGGUGACUUCGAGCGGUACCCGAUCACUCACAGCCUCCCCAAACAGAUCAAACUGGGCUGCCAGCCUCGGGCCAACGCGAGGAAAGCCCUCUCUGCCGAGGAUCAGCCGUCGCCGAGGGCGCCGCCCAGAAAACCUCAAAGACACAGCCUGCCAGCAUCCCCUCCGCCCUCCAUCUGCCCUCCUGCACCCCCACAUGCUAAUACCCCCAUGAGGGAGCUGCCUGCGCCUCCUCCGGAGAAAACAGCCUGGCGCUUCACCCGACCCUGCGUGACCUUCUUCAGCCGGCAGAUGCCCACGAGGAGCAGCGUGCCGCCAAAGAGCCGAGCUCCGGCGCUGGGGGGCAAGCAGAGGGCGCAGUCUUUCUCUGCAGCCGACCUGGCAACCCGGGCAAACUCUCAAAAGAGAAGCCUCUCUUUCCGGAAGCUGCUGGAGCUCAGGCUGUCUGUCAAGAUGCUGCCAAAGCUGCUGGCCAAAGGAGGCCAGUCCCUGGACUGUACCAGUGUGGAGUCAAACCGGGGGGAGAGAAGCCUGGAGCGGCCCAAAAGCUGCGCAGGGGAGGCUGAUAUCUGUGGAGUAGGUGGAGAGGGAUCAGUGGAGUAUGAGAACGUUCCUCUGUAUGAGGAGAUCCCGGAGUAUAUGAACCUGCCGUUUCACAGUGCCAGACUGGGGUGGCCAAAUGACCCCGAUGCAGCGGAUUCAGACAUCUACGAAGUGCAGGACCCUUAUCACAGAUGCCAGGACCAUGAAUACGAGAGCGGCUGGCUGAGUCAGGACGUCCACUCUGAGGAGGAGGAGAUCCACAGUUCAGAUGAAGAGGACAACAGCUCCACCUCCAGCAAGGAGCACCUGGACGAGGCAGACAGACAGCAAGAGGAUGAGAUGAAGAGGAAGAAGGUGGUGCACAUCGCCCAGGAGAUUAUGAGCUCGGAGAAAGUGUUUGUGGACGUCUUGAAGCUUCUUCACAUCGACUUUCGGGAUGCUGUUGCCAAGGCAACCCGUCAGAAUGGGAAGCCGGUGGUGGACGAGCGGAUCCUCAGUCAGAUCCUGUAUUACCUUCCACAGCUCUACCAGCUCAACAGGGACCUGCUGAGAGAGCUGGAGGAGAGAGUGGCACACUGGAGCGAUCACCAGCGACUGUCGGACAUUUUUGUCCAGAAGGGUCCUUACCUGAAGAUGUACUCCACCUACAUCCGUCAGUUCGACAACAACGUGGCCCUGCUAGACGAACAGUGCAGGAAAAACCCCGCGUUCGCCGCUGUCGUCCGAGAGUUUGAGAUGAGUCCGAGAUGUGCCAGCCUGGCUCUGAAACACUACCUGCUGAAACCAGUGCAGCGAAUCCCUCAGUACCAGCUGCUGCUCACAGAUUAUCUGAAGAACCUCCCAGAGGACUCCGAGGAUUAUAAAGACACACAAGCCGCCCUCAGCAUAGUGAAGGAAGUGGCCAACCAUGCUAAUGACAUUAUGAAACAAGGGGACAACUUUCAGAAGCUGAUGCAGAUUCAGUACAGUCUCAACGGUCACCACGAGAUCGUUCAGCCAGGCAGGGUGUUUCUGAAGGAGGGCACUCUAAUGAAACUGUCCAGGAAAGUCAUGCAGCCGCGGAUGUUUUUUCUGUUUAAUGAUGCACUCAUGUACACCACUCCGGUCCAGUCUGGCCAGUAUAAACUCAACAGCGUCCUCUCUCUGGCUGGAAUGAAGGUGAGUAAGCCCAGCCAGGAGGCCUAUCAGAACGAGCUGAACAUUGAAAGCGUUGAACGCUCUUUCAUCCUGUCUGCCAGCUCGGCUACAGAGAGAGACGAGUGGCUGGAGGCCAUUGCCAGGGCCAUAGACGACUACACAAAGAAGAAAAUAACCUUCAUAUCAAGUCGCAGUCAGGAGGAGGCUGAGGGUGUCGUUGACAGCGGGGCCCCGUUAGGUUCAAAGGCCCCCAUCUGGAUCCCAGACCUGAGGGCCACCAUGUGCAUGAUCUGUACCUGUGAGUUCACCCUCACCUGGAGGAGGCAUCACUGUCGCGCCUGCGGAAAGGUGGUGUGUCAGGCAUGCUCUGCUAAUAAGUACUACCUGGAGUACUUGAAGAACCAGCCAGCUCGUGUGUGUGAUCACUGCUUUGCCAAGCUGCAGGAGAAUAGUGACCGCUGUGCCUCAACAUCAGUUUCUCCCAUCAAAUCUGGAGCUUUCUCCUUCACCAGAAAACAGAAGAAGAUUCCUGCUGCACUGAAAGAAGUAUCUGCCAACACAGAGAACUCUUCCAUGAGCGGCUACUUAAACAGAUCGAAAGGCAACAAGAAGCAGUGGAAGAGGCUGUGGUUUGUCAUUAAGAAUAAAGUCCUGUACACCUACGCCGCCAGCGAGGAUGUUGCAGCAUUGGAGAGUCAGCCAUUGCUGGGUUUCUUCCUGAGAGAGGAGAAGAACGGGCCGGCUCAGAAGCUGCAGUUCAAACUCUACCACAAAAACACGCUGUUUUACAUCUUUAAAGCUGACGAUAUCCCCACCGCACAGAGAUGGAUCGAGGCCUUCCAAGAGGCAAUGAUUCUUGAACAGUAAUCACGUUUUUAAGCCGUGACGCCAUAUCACAGCGCCGGAGCCAGUUGAUAGACAACUUACGACCCCUGAUUGAACUCUGGUCAGGGGUCACCAGCUCAGGAAGGACUCCGGUCGGACUGUUUACUUUAAACAGAAACCCACUGCCGAACACCACAGACUGUGGAAAACAGACUGCUUUUCCCCUCAAAGAACUGGAAUCUGUUUCUCUAAAAAUAAAAAAUAUGUAUAUUUCCUUGCAACAACGGCUACUGAUGCCCAGCGCCGCUGGCUGAGGUUAGAGCUAAUAGCGAGUUACAGCUGUGGGUCAAAGGUCAAGUCCAGAAGCACGUGUGUGGAAGUGAGACCAAACAGUUGUCAGGGCCAUUUAAAGCCCUCAGAAAUCCUAGGGAGUCUGAAGUCUGGGGAUUUUUUUUUUUUUUAAAUGCAAACAGAUGAAGGAAUCACCCUGUGUGAAGCAAAAUAUAUAGUGUCUGCCUUCAUUCAAACACGUUGAUAUCGGCUACACUUGUCAUAAUGAUGAAAACCUGCAGCAGUUUAAGCAAACAAUCUAAAGUUAACGACACACAAAAACACACUCGCGCACACACACACACACACACACCUCAUGUGUUUGAUGUUUGAUCUGAAUCAUGGAUGCAAAGUUUAAUCAUGUAACAAGGUGGGAUUUUACUGUGAAAAUUAGGCUUGAAGUUAAUAUUCUGCUCUUUAGUCUGAUCUCUGGUUAAGAGAUUUUCAGAUUUAAAAUACCAACCAUUGAAAUCAUUGGAUUCAAAAGAAACAACAUCCUGGAGAAAACUGGAAAUAUCAUGAAUAAUGUAGAUAUUUUUCUUACAGUUAAAAUGUUUUUUUUGCCUGUUUUGCCACAUUAGAAAUGGUUAAUGGAUAAAACUGUGUAUAUGGACAUAAAAGAGCAGCAUUGACCUUUUUUUAUAUCAAAGCCAAGAGCUAAUAUUUAUAAGAUAGGAAGAUUUAUUGUUUGAAAAGCACAGGCUGCCACUUAUUUUGGGAGUCAGGGUUUGUUAGAAAAUAUGUUUCCAUCAAAACCAUUAUUUUUUAAGAGCGCUGCUUAAGGAAAAGGGGCUUUUUAAUGAGCAAAUGCUGUGGAACCAAUGCAUGAACGAUAUUUGUAAGGAAACGCUCGAAAGAAAGAGAACUUUUUGAAUUUUGAUGCUUGUUUUUGCGGACAUUGUGCCUUACAUCUCUGGUUUCGAGGUAAAUUGCAAUAACGUAGGUGCUCUGUUUGAAAUUCUUCACUAAACAAGGACAAAUUUAAGUAUCCAGUUCUCGUGACUACACACUUUCUAGCCAGGGUACUCGGGGCUUGUAGUUUUAAAAACAGUCUUGUGUCAGGUGUUUCUCUUCUCGGUUAGGUUGCCAUGUGUUGCACUACUCCAUCAUGGCAAAUUAGUUGAUUCCGCAGUAAAAUAAGCCCAAUUCCUAUUUUUUUAUAGUGGAGAAAAUAAAACUGUUAAUACUGUCAUUAGA